AUGCAAAUGCACGUUCAAUACUGGAAGUCAGAUGCAGUCCAUCCGAGCUCUUCAACUCUGCUAGUUCACCUGCUGGCCUCAGGCGUCAUUUCAUGCAAUCAAUUAACUUAUUGGGGUCUGACAUCGCUGAGGUUGCGAGAUCCUCUGCAAAUUGUCAACACUUUCGUGCUUUGGCGCUGUUGCAUAGUCUCCGCUGCCUCUUUUGCGCCGCUUAAUCGUCGACAGAGCGAUAAACUUGGUAUGUAUACAACUGUAUGCAUCGCCUUUGAGCUAAUUGGCCAUAUGUUCUGUCUAACCAUUGUGGCUUUACUGGUCCAGUUUUUCUAUAUUUGCGGA